ACAGUCCCCACCAACAAUAACUUUUCCUUUCUCUGUCUUGGGAUUGGAAGAACACACAAAGUUUCAUCUUUGAGCUUCGUGUUGAAAACACACUCUUUUUUGCGGCCCCCAUAUUCUGUUCUUAAAUUAUAAUAAUUUCCCUUCAAUUUAAAUACCCUUUUUUUGCUUUCAAUUAGUGGGGAAAAGAAUCAAAGAAACGGUCUUAAGAACAAAAGAAUAUCACGCUUUAUUUGACCCCUUUCCUUUGAUGCUCAUUUAAUUCCCAAUUUUUUAGGGCUUUUUAUUGAUCUUCUCUUUGUUGGGUAUCUCUCAUUUCUUCUUCUUCAUUGUCACUUCACUUCCCCGGUUGCCCUGGUUCAAGGUACAAUGUUUUGUUUAGGGGAGAACUUGAUCUUUUUAAUGUCAAAUCCCAAAACCAUCUUCCAUGGUUCUCUUGAUAGGCUAGGGAUAGCUUAAAACGAUUUCCGUUUUCAAGGAAGCGACAGGCUAUUAUAAUUUCAUGGCUCGGAAAGGUAAUCAGCAGAAGAAUGGGAAACAAAGCGGUACGGAGGCAGGCUAUCGAGUCUCUAAUGCGAAAGGGACAGGAAAAGAAAAUAAGAAAAUGGUUUUUGAUGGAGAGGAACUACCAAAUGGUAAUCCACCAGAUAGUACUUUAACCGAGACUUUUAGCAAUGGUCAUCUAUCUGGGACUGAUAAUAAAUAUAGGCAGGAUCCUGAGAUAUCCGUAACAACAGAGAAGCAUGAUGAUGCAGCUGAGGGUCGUGGUCUAUCAAUAUCUUCCGGUAGUAAUUCUGGGGAUUGCAUUGAAAAUGCUGCUUCAGACAAAGCUUCAAUUAGAAGGGAACGAAAUGAAAUAUCACCUGAUGGAAAUCUUCAUCCAAAACACAAAAAAGGAGUUUGGGGCUGCUUGUUGAAUGAUUUUCACCUUCAAGAUGCGAUGGAGAAUGUAAAGUUUUCAGAUUAUGUGGCGGUAAGAAAUAUGAGAGCAGCAGCGAGAGCAUCUGCUGCAUCCACCUGGAAUGUGAUAAACCUGUGGCUCGAGAGGUUAAGGCCAAUUUUCAUUUCCCUAACAGCUAAAGUGUGUAAUGCUCGAGAUCAUGUCAAAGUAAAGGUUGAGCGAUUAUAUCCCAUUGUGUUGACAUGGCUUAGGCAUUUUGGAAAUAUCAUGCUUCUUUUGUCAAUAAUCUGGUUGGACUGUACUCUUAGGGGCAUUGAUUCCUUUCUCCGAAUGGGUACAACGUCACUUUUUUCAGUCAUAUGGUGCAGUAUUUUCUCAGUGUUUGCAAUGGUUGGGAUGUUGAAGUUUCUUAUUCUCUUGGUCAUAGCUGCUAUGACAGUGGUUUUUAUCGGGUUUACUUUAGCGAUGUUGGUAGUAGCUGUUUUUGGAUCUAUUUUCCUGUGGUUGUACGGAAGUUUCUGGACAACUCUUCUUGUGAUCUUUCUCGGAGGAUUGGCAUAUUCAUUUAGCCAUGAGCGUCUUGCAUUAACUAUCACCACUAUAUAUUCUGUAUAUUGUGCUUGGAUGUAUAGCGGAUGGCUCGGUUUGCUUGUGGCUCUAAACCUAUCAUUUAUCUCAAGUGAUGUUUUGAUCUACUACCUAAAGAACAACAUAAAUCAGCAAGCAAAACCUAAUGUAAACCCAGAACACACAAAUGGAAUGCACGCUUCUUUCUCUGAAAAUGCUCCGGGGUUUUCAGAAGAUCGUGGUCCUGGGGUGGCUUCAAGUAGUGGGGUUGAUACCGAGAUAACUUCUGAAGAAGAAGUUGCUCGAUUGUUGAACUGCACUGAUCACUAUUCUGCAUUGGGUUUGUCGAGAUAUCAGAACGUCGAUGUUAAUGUACUGAAGCGAGAAUAUAGAAAAAAGGCAAUGCUGGUCCAUCCUGAUAAGAACAUGGGAAAUGAGAAGGCUGUGGAAGCUUUUAAAAAACUUCAAAAUGCAUAUGAGGUCUUACUUGAUUCCGUAAAGCAAAAAGCAUAUGAUGAUGAACUUAGGAGGGAGGAGCUGUUUAACUAUUUCCGUCGGUUUCAAAAUGCUUCUCAAAAGUAUGAUCAACAUGGUUCUGGAUUUGGAUGGUCAGAUGCUGAUGGCGAGGAAGUGUUCGGAGAACCUAGGAGAAUUGCCUGCAAAAAAUGCGGUAACAUUCAUGUCUGGAUACAGACAAAGAAAUCAAAAUCUCGAGCAAGAUGGUGCCAGGAGUGCAAAGAUUUUCAUCAAGCAAAAGACGGAGAUGGAUGGGUUGAACAAUCUUCACAGCCCUUCCUUUUCGGGUUAUUGCAGAAGGUGGAUGCUCCCUCUGCCUAUGUUUGUGCCGAUAGUAAGAUUUAUAAUGCUACGGAAUGGUAUAUUUGUCAGGGAAUGAGAUGUCCACCGAACACGCAUAAGCCAAGUUUUCACGUCAACACUAGUUUGACAUCCAAGCAUAGUACCGGCAAGGGUAGUUCCGGACAGAGAGGCGGGAAAAUACCAACGCCUAAUCCCGAAGAAACCAUGGCAGAGGCAGAAUUUGUGGAGUGGUUACAUAAUGCAGUACAAGCAGGCAUGUUUGACAAUUUUAUAGGUAGCACCUCUGCGGAGAGCCCAGCCGCCAAACCCGGAAGUGGCUCAAAGGCUGGUGGUAGCAAUAUGGGCGGCGGUGGUAGCGGGAGCGGAAACAAGAGAAAGAAGAAAGGAAAGAAACAAUGGUAAGAAUCCGUCAAGCGAAUCGACAGCAUUGAUGAUUAGAAAGUCCCGUUGAAGCAUAAAACAUGCAGAUUUUGUAUAGCAUUUUCUCUUCAUCCUAACUUCAAAUAAAGUAGAUAUGGAGGAUCAUAUUCAUACUGAUUUAAAAUGCAUGGAAAGAAUAGCUGACAAUAGCUUAUAUAACAAUAGCAGAGAUUUUGCUUUG